AUGAAGUCAAGUUUAUUACUUCUUUUGAUACCACUAAUACAGCCAAUCUAUGCUGAUGUUUGGGUAGAUGCUGGUUGUUUUGCUAAAUCUGAUGUUGACGCAACUGGUGGUAAAGUCUAUCAAUACCAAAGUUCGGGAUAUUGUCAACAACAAUGUCUAGGAAAAAGAGUUGCAGCAAUGAUCAAUGGUAAUGAAUGUUAUUGUGGUGAUACUGCACCUACUAAUAAAGUUGCUCUGAGUAACUGUAAUAUGAAAUGUGAUGGUUAUCCAGAUAAUAUCUGUGGUGGAUCCAAUUAUUUCACAGUUUAUGUGAAUCAAGAAGCUGAUGAUGCAGGAGAUAGCAACUCAAGUUCAUCUAGUAAAGGCCAAACUAGUUCAAAGACUUCAGCCACUAGUCAAUCUUCUUCAGAUGGAUCAUCUUCUGAACCAUCAUCAGUUCCAAAAACAACGGUAUUAUCCACUGUCACUUCAGGUAGUGAACCUCUGGUUCUUACAAGUACCAUUUUCUAUACCCCAAGUACUACCGCAAGUCAAACUGGCACACAAACAAGUUCAACUUCAACUAGUGAUAGCAGUAACAAAAAUUCAGAUAAUUCAAAAAAUUCUAAACUUUCAAGUGGAGGAAUUGCCGGGGCAGUAGUUGGAUCAGUUGCAGGAAUUGGUUUAAUUAUUGGAUUGGUUUUCAUAUUCCUUCGUUGGAAGAGAAAGAGAGAUGACGAAGAAUUUGAUGAUAUUUUUACAUUAUCUGGUCCUAAAAACGAUGGAGGAAUGUCACAACCUCCAACAUUAGAUCCAAAUCCAUUCCUCAUGUCUGGUGGUUACAACAAUUUCGACACAUCACAACAAAAUCCUCGACUACAACCAAAUUCAAGAGUCGUGAGUGCAGUAUAUGGUCAUGAUUAUAAGAAUAGCAGUAGUGGUGGAAGUGCAGGUGAACCAUCAUAUAAUGAACAAAGUGAUGUUGGAUAUAAUCUGGAUCCAAAUCAUGGAAUGCCUGGUUCUCCUCCAUAUCCUACCCAUGGCGGUUAUAUACAUCCAGAUAUGAUGCAACAACCAGAACUUGGAAAACGUAAAUUAAGUGCUGGAUCAUUACCUGAUAUGAUAACUAGACAGCCUGGAGGAUUAAAAGUGGUAAACAAUUAA